AAAAUUGACUAAAAAUUCCUCAAAGCUAACUGUCUGUGCCUGAGGAUUGCAACAAAAGUGGAGUUCUUAAGCCAAAACAGAAAACGCAUGAUAAAAAUACUUAUUCAUAUACUUGUUACACUUUCACAUCAAACAAUAACUUUCCAUCUGACCACAAGUACAAAAACAGAGAUAUUUCAGUGAGAUUAACUAUCAAUGUCUCAAACGUCUUCCAUGUCUUUAACAGAGAGGGUUUAUAAUCAUCUCUGUUUUUCCGAUGUUUCUCUGGCAUUGUUGGGACUCUUUGUUUUCUGUUGCCUGCGUGAGAAGAUAACCAAAAAGAAGGGACCAACGAUAUGGCCAGUGUUUGGAAUCACUCCAGAAUUCUUCUUUCACAGGGAUGAAGUCUAUAGUUGGGUCACAAGGUGUUUAACAAAAUGCCAAGGUACAUUUCUCUAUAACGGAAUGUGGCUUAGUGGGUCUUCUGGAGCUGUGACUUGUGUCCCUGCGAAUGUCGAGUACAUGCUCAAGACUAAUUUCAAGAACUUCCCCAAAGGUACCUUCUUUAGAGACCGGUUCAGUGAUCUGCUCGAGGAUGGUAUCUUCAAUGCUGACGCUGAGUCUUGGAAGGAGCAACGACGGAUCAUCAUAACCGAAAUGCAUUCAACACGGUUCGUGGAGCAUUCCUUUAAGACAACACAAGACUUGGUAAGGGAGAAGCUGUUGAAGGUGAUGGAGAGUUUCGCAAAGUCACAAGAGGCUUUCGACCUCCAAGAUGUGCUCUUGCGCUUGACAUUUGACAACAUCUGCAUCGCAGGUCUAGGUGAUGACCCUGGAACUCUGGAUUCUGACCUUCCCCUUGUUCCCUUUGCUAAAGCUUUUGAAGAAGCAACAGAGUCUACACUGUUUAGAUUCAUGAUUCCUCCUUUUAUAUGGAAGUCCCUGAGGUUCCUGGACCUCGGGUAUGAGAAAAGUCUCAGGAAAGCUGUCGAGGUUGUUCAUGAGUUUGUCGACAAGAUAGUUGUGGAUCGUAUCUGCAAGAUCAAGGAGGAAAAAACGUUAGGUAACAGAUCCGAUGUCCUCUCAAGGAUUAUUGAGGUAGAAAGUCACAAGAAGACUGAUGAAAAAGAUCCUUCCACUAUCAAAUUCUUUAGACAGUUCUGCACAAGUUUCAUCUUAGCAGGAAGAGACACGAGUUCAGUUGCACUUACAUGGUUCUUCUGGGUGAUACAGAAACACCAAGAAGUUGAAAACAAAAUCAUCCGUGAGAUUAGAGAAAUAUUGAAAAAGCGAGGGAAUGAUCAUCAAGAAACAAGCAAAAACGAGAGUCUCUUCACGGUCAAAGAACUAAACGACAUGGUGUAUCUACAAGCAGCACUUUCAGAAACCAUGAGACUUUACCCUCCAAUACCAAUGGAAAUGAAACAAGCCACUGAAGACGAUGUUUUCCCCGAUGGGACUUUCAUACGUAAAGGUUCAAUGGUUUACUUUGCAACUUACGCCAUGGGAAGAACAGAAUCCAUCUGGGGAAAAGACUGUGAAUCGUUCAAACCAGAGAGAUGGAUCCAAGCAGGGAACUUUGUAAGCGAUGACCAAUUCAAAUACGUUGUGUUUAACGCUGGACCAAGGCUAUGUUUAGGUAAAACAUUUGCUUACCUACAAAUGAAGACAGUAGCAGCUUCAGUCUUGUUGAGAUACUCAAUCAAAGUUGUUAAAGAUCAUGUCGUUGUCCCCAGAGUUACAACAACCUUGUACAUGAAACACGGUCUCAAGGUAACCAUCUCGCCAAAGUCCCUGGAAGAGAAGAAGAUACACAUUCAAGACUAAGGUACUCAAGUCAUGUUCCCCUGUAGAAGGGUUUGCAAAAAGAUAAAGACUUUUUCAUGUUUAGUAUCCAAAACCACAAUGUAACAAUCUUCACCUUUUCUACCACCUAAGCCUUAAAAAGACUUUAAGAUCAUUCCACAAACUCAUAGCACAACACAUUGCAUUGUCACAGAAAGAUGCAUUGGUCAAAGAUAAUGUAAGAACAAAUCCUAAACUCAGAUAAUUCAAUCUAAUUGAUUAACAAAAAACUUCUAAGGAAAGGAUUAGGAGAGAGUCUUUUCGACGAUUGCUUCCGGUAGCAUCUUCAGCUAUUGAUGCGCGUCGAAUUCACGAGUCGCGUGUUGACCCGUCGCCACCAUCGAUUGAUCUGGCUUUUUAUCGGCGUUGGAUUGAAGCUAUGCCACGGCCGCCUCGACGGUGGUGGUGAUCUGGAAGACGAAUUUUUGUGUUAUUGUUUUUUACUCCUCAUGAGUUUUAUUAUUUACGGAUUUACCCCGUUUCUUCAGAUACGUCAAUUUACUCCUCAAGU